CGAUGUUUUCAAAACCAGCGAUGAACGUCACACAGCCGUAGGCUACGGUUAACGUCCGAUAUUUAGGAAAUAACUGUUUAUAUCGCGCAAUAUUCACAUUAUAGCUCAACGUGAAUGAGUCGGCGGGAUACGCGUGGGCCCAGUUUGAAGUAACCACUCUGUAGGCUUGCUUGAUGUCCCGCCCAGAACGCUAUCUGAUUGGUUACAUGACCCAGCUAAUAGCCUACCAACACUGAAGACUGCUGUGUCACAGCGAGCGAAGACGAACCCAGGCUGGAGCUGCUCUGGUGAGCAGGUGGAGCUGUGUGUUGAAGGUGGCAGGAAUGACGGAAAUUGAAGUGCAUGAUGAACCUGCUGUGCUGUAGCUGUCACAGCUAGUCAGGUGCCGCACCAUGGCCAAACCUGGGAGCGACAGAGAUGGAGCCAUGGUGGAUAAGCAGGCGGGGAAGAAGAGCAAAGACAAGUUGUCCCCUUUCACCAAAACUCCGAAGCUGGACCGGAGUGAGUUGCUGGGGAAAGAAGGGAAAGCCAAGUCUUCCAUGAAGCGAAAGCUCGCCUUCACCGCCAGUCCGCUCCGGACCGAGGAGCGAGACUCAGACACCGAUGACUCAGACCCAGGCCAGUCGAGUGAGACCUGGGGAGAGAGAUUAGUGCCUCCCUGCAGGAUAUACGCAGAUAAAGACGGACCAGACAAGAAGAAGGUGAAGAAGGAGGCCGGGGGCAAGAAGUCCCAGGCUCCCAACCUUUUGUUUGGGUAUCCUCUGUCAGAGCGCAAACAGAUGGCUCUCCUAAUGCAGAUGACUGCCAACAGUCCAGACUCUACUCCCAGUCACCCCUCGCAAACGACCCCUGUGCAGAAGAAAGUCCCCAGCAGCGCCUCGUCUCGACAGAAGGACAAGGUCAACAAGAGGAACGAGCGAGGGGAGACUCCCCUUCACAUGGCAGCCAUCCGGGGAGACGCCAAGCAAGUUAAAGAGCUCAUUAGCCUGGGAGCUGACGUCAACGUCAAAGACUUUGCAGGUUGGACUCCUCUUCAUGAAGCCUGUAAUCUCGGUUACUACGACGUGGCCAAGGUCUUAAUAGCAGCAGGUGCGGAGGUGAACACGCAGGGUCUGGAUGACGACACGCCACUCCAUGAUGCUUCCAGCAGCGGGCAUAAAGAUAUUGUGAAACUGCUGCUUCGCCACGGUGGUAACGCCUUUCAGGCCAACAAGCGUGGUGAGCGCCCGGUGGACGUGGCAGACUCUCAGGAGCUGGAGCAGCUACUAAAGGGAGAGGUUGCUCUGUCGGACCAAGAGGACAGCUCCUCAGAGUCCGAAGACCCUCCGUCUGUCAAUCCAUCCAGUGUCGAUGACAACAUGGAAGACUCUGACACCGAAAAGGACUCAGACGAAAAACCGGCCACGAAAGCGUCAUCUUCCGUGCCAGGUCUGGAUGAGUACGAGUUCAAAGAUGAGGAAGAGGAGGAGGAUCUCAGUAAAGCCCUGAACGACAGACACAUCCUCCGGAGGGAACUACGGCAGCGUGAGAAGGAGGAGAAAGAAAGGAAUCAUGUGGCUGGAAAGCAAAGCGGAAAAGGGGAUUCCUCCUCAAAGUCAAAAAAGCAGAAGACUUCCCGUGUUCACUGCAGCUCGGAUACCUCCAGCGACGAAAUGGAAAGCCUUUCGGAGAAAAGGAAUUCCCCCACAUGCUCUCAGAGCUCAGAGACUCUUAAGGUGGACACAAGGUCGAAGAAGGAGAACGCUGAGCAAAAAGAAAAAGGUAAAGUCAAGAGGAAGAGCAAGAGCCAGAUUAAAAAUAAGGAAAACCAAGAGGACGGGAAAGAGAACAGCAAAACUUUGGUCCUCUCUCUCGCGACCGUGUCCGAGAGCUCAGAAAAAGGUCGCGAGGAAGACUCCUUCAAAAUGUCCUUUAGUCCUAAAGACGACUCAUCCGUCCACCUCUUCCACUUGUCGUCUAUAAAAUCCCCAAAACUGAACCACAGCCUGACUGAUAAACAAACACCACUCAAGCAGGAAAAUACUAAGAUGUGCAUUUCCAUCAGUGACAGCUCGUGUCCGGUGGACGGUGUCAAAUUCAACCACUACACAGAGGCAGACUACUGCACUGAAGGCUCCAGCACCAAGGGGUGUAAGCACAAGGAGAAGAGCAAACACCAACAGAAAGACUCCAGCGGAGACGGAGACGACGGUCAUUCGAGUCCUUACAAAGAUGGCAGCAUAGGAAACAGUGUGGACAGCUCCGAAGGUGCCUUACGGAAGACUGAUUUGGACGGCAAAGUGGUGAAGAAGCAUAAACUUAAACACAAGGAGAAAGACAAGCACAGGAGGGAAUACGAGGCAGAGCGGAGCCGGCACAGGCAGAAGGAGGCUCGGAAAGACAGCCACAGGAAUUUGGAGUUUGACAGAGAGUUCUGGAAAGAGAAUUUUUUCAAAAGCGAUGAGACAGAUGAACAUCUGCCAGUAAAAAAGGAAGGAGAAGACAACAGCUCACUUCAGAAGACCUCCGAUUCCUCUCCUGUCAAAGAUGAGAGAAACACGAAGGAGAAACACUCGAGCGGCAAGGAAAAGAGGCCAAGAGAGGAGCGGGAAAAAGAUAAGGCCGUGAAAAAAGAGAGGAAGGAGGCCGCUGGUAAAGAGGAGAAGGUGAAGGAUUCGAAGCUGAGUGAGCGUGACGAGAGAGUGGACUGCCACGGCUCAGGGCGGAUUCCUGAGGAGUCGCUGCAGAGCAACAGCAUGAAAGAAGAGACAGAAGAGAAACCCAUAAGUGGGAUCACAGCUGAUCAAGAACAGCUGGAGCUCUCUGAAAAAGGCUCACGCGAGAAAACUGACAAGAGGCUCCCAGGAAAGGAAAAGGAUUCGGAGAAAAUGGAGAAAAGGCAUCCUGACAAGGAAAAAAAGGUCAAAGCGGAGCACGCUGACAAAGCCGAAGCGCAGAAUUCAGUAGAUCGUUGGAAGGAAAAAGAAAGAACAGGAGCCAUUUCUACACACUCGCCUGGAGAUAAAAACUACAAAGAGAACGAGAAACUGAAAUCUUUAUCCACAACUAAAAAGCACGAGGACAGCAGGAAAAAUAAAGAUAAGUUCGACAAGCGGUCUGAUAGGGAGAGGCAGGACAGAGAAUAUAGCGUUGGGGAUCACAGAGAAAAGGAACGCAACGCAGAUAAGAAAGGAAAACCCCUGGAGAAGACGGCAGAUCAUAGUAAAUCAGAUCGUUCGAAAGAAAAGGACUGUGACAGGAAAAAGAGAGAGAAAAUAAAAGAUGGGCCUCUUUCCUCGAGUUCGAAUCUGAAGCUACUGUUAGAAGAGAAGAAGAGCUAUCUGUCCGAGAGCAGCAAGUCCUUAUCUGCAAAAUCAAAGGAGGAAGUCGUGAGAACACCAGAGAAGGAUCGUGACCGGAGAGACCGGGAGAGGGAAUCAGAUAAACACAAGGAUAAAGAGAAGGAGCGGCACAAAGAGCGCUCGCAGCAGGCCAAAAUCAGCAAGGCCAAACCCAACGAGACGGAUGCAGACAAGGCCAAAUCGAAAGCCUCGCCAGCGACACGAGACGCCAAGCCCAAAGAAAAAAGGCUUGUGAACGACGACUUGAUGCAGACCAGCUUUGAGCGCAUGCUCAGCCUCAAGGACCAGGAGAUCGAGCAGUGGCAUCGCAAACACCUGGAGAAAAUCAAGCAGAAAGAGCGGGAAAGGCUCAAACAGCGGCCUGUGGCAGAUCCGGGGAAGUCCAAGCCCAAAGACAGAACAAAGUCUGAACCGUGCCUGAGUAAAGAGCUCAUGCGCUCAAAAAGCUCCGAAGCUUCCGAUGUCCACAACAGGGAAAAAUCCCUGAAGGACGGCACCAGCCCCAGAACGAUGUCGCUCGAUGGAAAGAGUCUGCCCUCGAUAAGCGCAAAGGUAAUGUCAGCGGUGGAAAACUGUCUGACCAGAUCGCCCCGACCGGAGAGUGAACGCUGCGGCCUUAUGUCCAGGUCCGUGUCCUUGGUUUCUGUCGCUAGCUCAGAGGAUUCGUGCCAGGCGACGACGUUAACACCCAGAAACGUUGAAUACGACUCUGACAUGAACCUCGAAGCCUCGGACUCUCAACCUGCAUUCCUCCAGUCUUCCCUCGUCAUCCAAGCCACCAGAUCACCGUCCGUUCACGAUAAGGAUUGCAACAGUCUUCCAGAAGUGACGCAAACCAAUCGGACGCUGCUGCCGGGCAGACAUGAAUCUCCGUACCUCAGGGCUAUUCUGGACGAGGACGCCAACUCAUCGACUGAAGGUAGAGCUCCUGAAAAUCCGCCAAAAGCUAUGGAGGAGCCGGAGACAAGAGAGACCUCGGCGGACACAGAGGAGAGCAACAGUCAAUGUGUGAACUCAGCUGCGGAUUCAGUCACGGAGAAGGAAGGGAGCACUCCUGGUGGUUUAACGCCACAAAUGUCAAACAAAGAUCCUCAGAAUAAAAACCCUCCAGAGAGCACUCAAACAGGGUCAACAGAAAAAGAGACUCCUUCCUCUGAUCCUGUUGCGCAAGACGUCCAGUGUCCGACAGACAAUUCGCAAGCAGAGUGUACAAACAAGGAUUCAGAUCCACCGUUGACGCCUGCAGCUUGUCUCUCCGUUGAGCCGUCAGAGCUCACAAACACAAAAACCCUUCAGCAGAAAGAACCUGUUUCUGGUGUGGAGAGCACGCUGCAGACAGAAUCAGGUACCACGCAUGUUUCGGACCUUAAAGACGAACCUCUUGAGAGUGCUGAUGGAACAGAAGAAGAGAGUAUGGAAACAGAAAGCCCCGGAACGGACAGUAGAGGAAGUCCGGUACCCUCCACCAGUUCACACAUUCCCAGCUCCACCGCGGGGGAGUCUUUGCCAGGUUUUAACCAAACAAGCACUGAGUCCAAAUGCUCUCAGGAGGAUAUGGGUGUGAAUGACCAAGACUGCAAGAACUCGAGAACUCCCGGUGACGGUACAGUUUCAUGUCUCGAUGUUCAGACGGAGAAAACGGACACGACGCCCCCGAGCCCGGAGCACAAAGCUGAAGAGACGACUGACGCCCCACAGAGCUCAGAGAACAGUGCUGCUGUUACAACAGAGAGUUUAUCAGGCGAAGGCAGCCUGGCCACAGAAGGCUCCUCUGAAUCUGCAGCAGAGGCGAGCGCAGAGCCGAUGGAGGUGACACCUGCCGAUGAGAAACCAGAGUCAUCUUCAGGCGGAGAGGAUCAGUGUCAAAGCACCGUCCAGUCAGCAGCUCAGACCGACAGCAGCAGCAGCAGCAGCAGUAGUAGCAGCAGCACCUGCAGCGCCUCCGGAAGCUCGUCUCCACAAUCCGGAGAACGGGAUUCUGAUUCCUCAGGGGCUAAGGUCAAGGUUCGCUCUGCAGAAGACGAAGUGGACGUCCACGUUCCCCAUCCACGCAAGAGAAAGAUGCCCAAAGUGUCGAGCUCCCAGUCGUGCUCCGCCAUCCAGCAGGAGAAGGAGCGAGGCCAGCAGUCUCUGGCCGCUAUCGUCGACUCUGUAAAGCUGGAGGAGAUUGAGCCGUACCAGACGGAGAGAGCCAACCCGUACUACGAGUUCCUGCACAUCCGGAAGAAGAUCGAGGAGAAGCGCAAAGUGUUGUGCAGCGUCACCCCCCAGCCGCCGCAGUAUUAUGAUGAAUAUGUGACCUUCAAUGGAUCCUACCUCCUAGACGGGAACCCACUCAGCAAACUCUGCAUACCCACAAUAACUCCGCCUCCAUCGUUACCUGAGCAGCUGAAAGAAAUGUUCAAACAGCAAGAGGUGGUCCGCAUGAAGCUCAGACUGCAGCACAGCAUUGAAAGGGAAAAACUGAUUGUUUCUAAUGAACAGGAAGUCCUACGAGUCCAUUACCGGGCAGCGAGAACACUAGCCAAUCAGACUCUGCCUUUCAGUGCCUGCACAGUUUUACUGGAUGCUGAAGUUUACAACAUGCCUCAAGACGUCCAGAGCGAUGACGGCAAAACGUCGGUGAGAGACCGAUUCAACGCCCGGCAGUUCAUGUCCUGGUUACAAGACGUCGAUGACAAGUUUGACAAACUGAAGACGUGUCUCCUGAUGAGGCAGCAGCACGAGGCGGCGGCCCUGAACGCCGUGCAGCGUCUGGAGUGGCAGCUCAAACUGCAGGAGCUGGACCCCGCCACCUACAAGUCCACCAGCAUCUUCGAGAUCCCCGAGUUCUACAUCCCGCUCGUGGAGGUCAACGACGACUUCGACCUCACCCCGAUAUGAGCUGCAGGACAGGCGACCUUUGCCACAGCGGCAGCCGUAUCACGGACACGAGAAGCGGCCUGCACAUUCGAGGAAAAGGAAAGAAAAAUGUGAAGCACUUAGAAUGUGGCGGCAA